AUGUAGAAUAAAUCAGCCGCUUGUUUUAUGCAAAAGCCAGAUAAAUAGUUUUACUAUAAUUUACUUAGGUAAGAACAAUUAAUACAAACAAAGCCGGAAAUUGAUAUUGUAAAUCAAGCUGUUCAGAUGUACAGGUAAUAAAUAUUUAGUAUUACUAGAAAAUGUGUUGAGUAUUUUGAUAGUUUGUAAGAUCCAAUCAAAUAUUAUUUCUUAGAGAAAAUAUAAACAGCUUUGAGUGAAACAAAAACAUUGAUGCUAAUAAUUAAUACAAAAAAUGAAAUAACAGAAGAAUAAAUCAGGAAAUCUGCUAAGAUUAGUUUCGCUGCUGAAAAAAAGAUUAAUGAGAUAGAUUAAAUUCAAGUGAAAAAAGCAAGAGCUUAACAGGUGAAUUUAAUGAUUAAAAUGAAUAAUGAAGUUGAAUAAUAAAGUGUAAAUGUAAAGCAAAUAUUGAUAUAAAAGGUUUAAAAUAUGGUUAAUAAUUAUGCAGAUGAAANUUGUAUUUUAUCAAGUGUCAAUAUUAACUAAUCAGAAUCGAAUCUGGUGUCUAAAAUUUUUAAAGCUCUUAAAUAUUUUAUAGAAAAAAGUCUUUUUUGUCAAUUUUUAAUUAUAAAUUAAAUGAAGAGAGGUUAGUAAUAAAGUUUGAACAAAUCGCAGAACAAUAUCUAACUGAAUAAUUCAAAUAAUGAUUAAUUGUAGGAGAACUUAGAAAGAUUGAGUAAUUUGAUGAUAAAGUAACCGUCUCAAACUAAAAUAGUACAUGUAUAAAUGCAUAGCUACUUGAGAUCACCUUCUGCUCAUCUUUCUAUGCAAGCUAGAGAGAGUCCUGCUUAAAAACUUAAAUCAAUAGGUUAAAUAGAUUUUGAAAAGAGUAAUGAUAGGAUUGUAUUGUAGUAUAAAGAAAAUUUGAGAAAAUCUUUACUAAAUGUUACAAAUCAUUAUUUAGAAAAUUCAAAUUUUAAUUAAAGCCAAAAACCAAGGAAUUAUAAUGGUUGGAUAGGAUUAAGUGUGAUUGAAAAGAAGAAAAUCUUUAUGGAAGAAAAAGAGAAAAAGCUGAAAAGAUUGAAAGAAUAGAAAGAUGAAAAUGAAAUCAGUUAAUGCACUUUUCGCCUGCCAUUUUUAAUUAAAUCAGAAUAGAGAGAAAAAAUACAUGUUAAGUGA